AACGUACCUCAGUGUUCAGUUUCUUUCGCAGGCGUAGUACUGUUCUCUUCCUUGGUCAGAAACAGAAGUAGAUUGCAACAGUAAUACUAACACAGCAAAAUCAGAAAGGACUUUUACAGAUUUAUGCACUGUCAUUUACGUUUGGCCAGCUGAAGGUGUGAUCGUGUCAUUGCUUGCAUAUUUAUAAAAAUACUGAUCUAAAGAAAAAGCACCUCUGUAAAAACGAAACUAUGGCAACUUCGGAGGGAAGCAAACUCUGGGGAGGCAGAUUUGUAGGAGACAUUGAUCCCAUCAUGGAAAAAUUCAAUGCUUCCAUCGUCUAUGAUAAGCGAAUGUGGGCUGCUGACAUUUAUGGAAGCAAAGCCUAUGUCAAAGCUUUAGAAAAGGCUUUCCUUGUAACAAAACAUGAAACGGAAUAUAUUCUAAAAGGAAUGGAUAAGAUCUAUGAGGAGUGGAAGCAAGGCAGCUUUGUUAUUAAGGAUAGUGAUGAAGACAUUCACACUGCCAAUGAGCGUCGACUUAAGGAGCUCAUAGGAGAAGCAGCAGGGAAGCUGCACACAGGUCGAAGCAGAAAUGACCAGGUUACAACAGAUAUGAGACUUUGGCUGAGAGAUGAAAUUUCUGUUCUGAGUGGCUACCUUCAUCAGUUGAUUAGAACAAUGGUGGAGAGAGCGUCAUCGGAAAUUGAUAUUCUCCUUCCUGGCUAUACACACCUUCAGAGAGCUCAGCCAAUCAGAUGGAGCCACUGGAUACUUAGUCAUGCUGCUGCUUUACAGAGAGAUGAUGAACGACUGUCUGAAAUCAAGCAUAGGGUCAAUGUGCUUCCACUGGGCAGUGGAGCUAUAGCUGGGAAUCCUUUUAAUAUUGACAGAGAACUUCUUCGACAAGAACUUAAGUUUGGGUCAGUCAGUCUCAACAGCUUGGAUGCAACGAGUGAGAGAGAUUAUGUCGCGGAGUUUCUGUUCUGGGGCUCACUGUGCCUGACUCAUCUGAGCAAGAUGGCUGAAGAUUUGAUAAUCUACAGUUCUAAAGAAUUUGGAUUCAUAACACUAUCUGAUGCAUACAGUACAGGAAGCAGUCUAAUGCCACAGAAGAAAAAUCCAGACAGCCUGGAACUGAUUCGCAGCAAGGCUGGAAGAGUGUUUGGCAGGUGUACUGGAUUUAUUAUGACCUUGAAAGGUCUCCCAAGCACAUAUAAUAAAGAUUUACAGGAGGAUAAAGAAGCCAUGUUUGAUUGUUCUGACACUAUGCAUGCUGUACUUCAAGUAGCAACAGGGGUCAUAUCUACCCUUAAGGUUAACAAAGAUGCAAUGACCCAGGCUUUGAGUCCAGAUAUGUUGGCAACUGACUUAGCUUACUACUUGGUCAAGAAAGGAACGUUGGGUCUGUGUGCUGAGCCAAGUGGUAACAGUGCAAACCAAGGUAUGCAAACGUCCAGUCUGAGCUUAUACAAUAAACAUGAAGCUAAUCACAAUGUUAGAACUGAAAGUGUGAAUGAGUACGUUGCUAAAAAUAACAUUAAGGAUAAAAUAUACCUGAUGGGCAAAAAACUUGUUACAAUUAAGAACAUAAAAAUUGAAAAUGCUUAUUUCAUAGCAAAGAACUGCUUUGAAAAAAUAUUAAAACAGCAACUGCCUUGUUUCACAAAAUAUGUAAUCGCAAUAGUUUUAUUUUUCAGAAUGUCUGAGUUCCUUUCUUUGUCUUUUAACAGUCCACUCUUUGAAAGUGAUGUGUCUCAAGUGUGGAAUUACACAAACAGCGUAGAACAGUACACUGCUGCUGGUGGCACUGCAGAAAGCUGUGUGAAGUCACAGAUCAAGCAACUUCGAGACUGGCUGCAGUUAAAAAGUAGCUAAAGAGUACCAAAACAUUAUCGACAGUAAUGCUGCCUAAACUCUGUACGUCAUGUGAGCAACAAGGAACAACAAGAUGUGUAUUAAAUAUUUCUGCCAGAUGGUAAUAAUGAGGCAUGAGCUCCAAAUUAAGGCGUGUCACCUCCCCUUUAGUCAGGUAUUGGAAAAGCAGAAUGUACCUCCUUGAAGUGCAUUAUUACACUUUUAUAAAAUGGUUAAAAUUCACUGUGGUUGAUUUAACUUCUGCAAGAGUGUUAGAUGUCCACAUUUAGCAACCAAUCAGAGUGCUGAAAAUGACUGAAUAUUUCAGGAGAGCUGAUCAUGUUUUUCAUACUGUAUUUUUUUUCUCAAAUAAACAAUUAUGAAAGUAUAA